AUGGUAAGAACUAUUAAGAGCAUCAAUGCUCCUAAGUCAGCUUCGAAACUUGCCAAGAAUCAGAGACAUAAUCAAACCAUGAAAGCUAUUGCCCUUAGGAAAGAACAAGUACCAAGUAAAUUUAUGUUAACUUCUCUUGUCAACCUUGGAGUUAUCCUGAUCUUUGACAAAUAUAGUGCUUUAAGCAUUAAUCGUCAGCAACUAAUAACAGCAGCAGUGAUAGCAGCAGUGCCACCACCAAUAUCAGCAAAAGCACUAGUACUAAUAAUAGUAGCUAUGCCUUUAGCAGCAGCAGUAUCACCACCACUAACAACAGUAGUAAUAGCAGCAGCGCCACGACCAAUAGCAGCAGUAAGAGCGCUACCAACAACAUCUGAUGAGAAACGACCACUUGACGGCCGUAGCUUAGCACCUGGCUCUAACCAGUAUUGUGAUGAGUUCGUUGCAAGGGGAAAGCUGGCCUUAAUGUUGGAAAACAUAUAUCGGAGUGCUACAGCUAAUAGCAGCAGCAGGAUCAUUACCAGCAGUAGUAGUGAUUUCAGCAGCGAUACCAUUAACAGCAGCAGCUGUACCUUCAGCGGCAGCGACAGGGCCACUACUAAUAGCAGCAGUGAUUGCAGCAGCGUUAUCACCAAUAGCAGCAGUAGAAUGAGUGGCUGGGUCAUUACCAACAGCAGCAGCGACUGCAGCAGUACUAACACCAUCAGUAGCUACAGUGAUUGCAGCAGUUCAACCACAAAAACCAGCUGCAAUAGCAGCAGUGCCAUGACUAGUACCACCUAUUGA